ACUCGGAGGCGUCUCGCGCAUCCAAAGUUGCGAGGACGCCGUGUCUGGGGCCAUGAAGCUCAUACAGGAGCUCCACAACCAGAGGGACAGUCUGAAGGGUGAGAUUAUUGAGCUCCUCCACCAGCAGAAGGUGCUUGGUGCUCAGGCAGAGACAGUCACUGCCAUGGAGCAGUGCUGCCACCGUGUGGACGCUUUGGAGGAGGCUGUGAGAUCUUUGAGGGAGACCUUUCAGAAGUAUCCGGACCCAGAGGAGCUGAGUCGCUGUGUGACCUGGGACGUCAUGCAAUCAGCUCUGCUCAGCGAGACAGAAAACCUUAAGAAGGUGCUUGGUGCUCAGGCAGAGACAGUCACUGCCAUGGAGCAGUGCUGCCACCGUGUGGACGCUUUGGAGGAGGCUGUGAGAUCUUUGAGGGAGACCUUUCAGAAGUAUCCGGACCCAGAGGAGCUGAGUCGCUGUGUGACCUGGGACGUCAUGCAAUCAGCUCUGCUCAGCGAGACAGAAAACCUUAAGAAGGAGCUUGUAAACACAUGGGCUGUUGAUCCAGCCAAAGAAGUUGAGCCCAGACAAACAUCUUUCAACAGGAACUUCGCUGCUGAAAACUCUUUUUCCAGCACACCCUCCUCUCCCCACCCUGUCGAGGAUACUGUCAGGACAGCAGCUUCUGGUUCUCCGAUGGUUUCUGAAGAGAUUCCCACUCUUCUAGAAGUGACAAACACCCCAUCAGCCACAGAGGCCUCUUCAGACCUGUCAGGACCACCUCAGCAGCCUCAUUCUCAGACAGGCCUGGCAUCUGCUGGCAUGCGAGACCAGCACCUACAAGAUCAGAAUGUGGAGCUGCUGAACAACGCGCAGGUGAUCCUGCAGCUCCAAGCAGAGUGUGAAAAGCUACAUGAAAACAUGAGGUGGUUGCAUGAGGACAACAGACAGAAACAGAGCCACAUAGAGGAACUAUACAAGAAGACGGAGGAGCUGGAGGAGAAGAAGGCUGACAGGCAGAUGGUUGAGAGCGAAAUUAAAGCAGAUAAAUCUGUUUUGGAGAGCAAAGUAAGCCGUCUGCAGUUUGACUCUGCCACAGAGCAUCUAAACACCAUGUUCCAUGAGCUGCUGAACAAAGUGAUGGACCAGGAGCAGGACUGGCACAAAGUCAUUGACAAGCUCUCCUCAGAGAUGGAGUGUAAGUUGAACAGGAUUGAGUUAGACUCUAUGAAAAAGCAGCUGGAAGAUCGAUGGAAGAAUAUCCACAAGGAGCUGCAGGCUCAGGGGGCUCCAGAGCAUGAUGAUGCUGCUAUUAUCAGAAAACAACUCUUGGAGAGAUUUCACUGUCUGUCCUGUGACCGACCCAUUGUAAUGCAAACCUCCAGACCGGAUUUGGUGAUACUGCCCUCCACUCCUGGAUUUCCCUCGCACAAGUCCAUCAGGCCAUACGCUGUUUACAGUCUGGAGCAGCUUCGCCAGCACUACAGGAGCAAGCGUAUCCCUGAGCGGACUGACUAUGGUCAUAUGGCUGUGUCGCGGAGCUGUGGGGGUAGCCACACCAUCACCUCAGCCAGUCAGCGUCAGUGGCGCACCGGCCUGCAGUACAUGAAGCACCACAACCAGACUGAGGUGGACAGUUUGGUUCAGUCAGAAGAGGUUGAUCUGAUCGGACUGGAUGGAAAUGUUUACAGAGGUCGCCUGAAUGCCACAGACAACAGGAAUUCAAAAACUGAACUACCUCCCAUUUCGACCAAACAACGCUGCAAGACUAAAGACAAAGCCAGAUGCUCCUCCUCACACAAAGCUGCAGCUUCUCCGGAGGUGGGUCAUCACCCCCCCAGUGCCACGAGUGCCCAAUACAGUCACUCAGCCUCCAGCAUCUCGGGGCGGGACUGGCCUGUGUCAGCUCUGGGCUGCACGUCACAGUGCUCCAUCACUGCAGCAGAGAGCAGCACAUAGCCUCUGGUUAGCCAGCAGCUUGGACAGUAGGGGGCGACACAGAGCUAUUUCACUGCUCAUUACAUCCAAUAAAUCACCUGUCAAACACUGAGUCCAGUCCUGUGACUUUUUUUUUUUCUACUGUGUUUCUGUGAUCAGACACAUA